UCUGUUCUACGGAGAGACGUCAUCGUGAUCGUCGACCUUCGUCAUCGAUCGCUCGGAGAAGGGGAAAGAGGUGGUGCCGCUGGAGGAGGAGGAGGAGCAGUUGCGAGGGUGGUGGAUGUGCCGGUUGUGUAGUGUCGGUGUUGUUAGCGGUGGUUGUGUUAACGGAGAAGGGCGCCUCGAGCGAGGCGAGCGGCGAACGAAGAGGUGCCUCCUCGUGUCGCGCGAACGAACGAUGCUCUACGCUGGUGUUACCGUCGCUCUCGUUAGACCGUACGAAGUCUCGCGAUGGAAGUCGACCGUUUCGUGACGACUCGUCGCGUACGGUCGAACAUCGAGAAAUCGCCUCGGUUCCAAUUCAUUUCGCCUCGAAGGAACGAACGUUCGCCGACGUCCUCCGUCAUCGUUUCCGUCGCGCUAUCGCGUUCUCCAGUUACUUCGAAUUCCUCGAAAACGCUUCUCCGUCCACUCUUCUCUGCCGCCGUUGAAAAACUCGUCCAGCGCGAUCGUCUCCUCCUCCGGUGCGACUAUUUUACUAAGGAGAGAACUUCUUCGUGCUUGAAAGAUUUGUGACGAGUAAAGAAGACUUAUUUGGGAAGGUGUCGAUUUGAUCAAAGUUGCGUAUGGUGCUUCGAACGGAAGGUGAAGAAACGUUGUCUUCGUCGUCACGGUGUUUCGAUAGUCGACGCGUUACACGCUACUGCGCGUUGUGAAAACAUUGGUGCUCGAAGAAGAGAAAUGGGAAACCACCCGUCCGCCCACCAGCCGCUCGAGAGAGCUACCAGCCAUGCUGGAAAUGGUCUUCGUCUCUCGAAGCGCGAGAGAUCGCCGGGAAAGAGGAUGGACCGGCUACGACGGAGCUUUCGAGACAGUUUCCGACGGCGGAAAGAUCCACACGUACCGGAAUCGAGUAAGCCCCAUCAAUGGCAAGCGGACGAGAGUGCAGUACGUUCCGCUACUUGCGCUUUUCACGUUAAGUAUUUAGGAUGCGUCGAGGUAUUCGAGUCGAGAGGAAUGCAGGUUUGCGAGGAGGCUUUGAAGGUGCUCAGGAAUUCCAGAAGAAGGCCGGUGCGCGCGGUCCUUCAUGUGUCCGGCGAUGGACUGCGCGUGGUCGAGGACGAGACGAAGGGAUUGAUCGUCGACCAAACGAUCGAGAAAGUUUCUUUUUGCGCUCCGGAUCGGAAUCACGAAAAAGGCUUCAGUUAUAUAUGCAGGGAUGGUACGACCAGGCGGUGGAUGUGUCAUGGAUUUUUGGCCUUGAAGGAGUCGGGUGAAAGAUUGAGUCACGCUGUUGGAUGUGCGUUUGCCGCGUGCCUGGAGAGAAAGCAACGUAGGGACAAAGAAUGCGGUGUAACGAUGACGUUCGAUUCGAAGACGUCGACCUUUACGAGAAGUGGUAGCUUCAGGCAACCGAGUCUUACCGAAAGAUUGCAGGAUACGCGUGAGCGUGCUGUAGAUGUUCCUCCGGUGAAGCAGGUGUACAACCCCUUCGCUAUCGAGAGACCCCAUGCCACGCCUUCUAUGUUAGAACGACAAGGAUCCUUCAGGGGUUUUACCCAAUUGAAUCAAGCGUCUCCGUUUAAAAGACAGCUCAGUUUACGCGUAAACGAUCUUCCUAGUAAUCUCGAGCGUACACGCAGUCACAGUCUCGAACCCACGGAUUUAUCGCGAAUGCCAUCUACCAUACAGCACAUCGUACCUUUAAAGCCUCCAGAGUACGAAGGAUAUGACGAAGUGAGCCCAAUACCGGAGAUAUCGCCAGGUGGACAGGAUAGCGUUUCUGCGAUGUGUCAACAGUUGUCCCACGGACUUUCCUUGCUUUCGAGCAGCGACGAUUUUGGACCAUUGCCUUCUCAAGCCACGACCAGUUCCGUCGCGAAGCAACUUUUCAUGAACACGAACAAUACUCCUCCCGUAACGAGUAGCAGCUCGCUGGACGACAUGAAAUUACAAAACGGGCCGAACCUGAACAACAACAACAACAACAACAACGACGACGACGACGACAAGAACGAGGAUAUCGCGAAUUUGAACGACGUGAGACCAAGUUGGCAAGAGUCAUCCCCAUCGCCGAUUCUCGCGGUGAAUCCUAGGCUUACGCCCGUUCCGAACAAGUCCAGUAACUUAAGUCCCAUUCUUCCGAGGACGAGCGCAGCCACGCCCGUGGUUAUGAGCACUCCCGCGUCCAGCGUAGGUGUCUUUGGGACGCCUACAGCGGCCAGUCCCGCUUUUAGCACGGCCUCUACCUCUUCGCUCGGAAGUGCUUCUACGGCGGUGGCGGCGAACAAAUCGUCGAUUCCAGUGAAUAAUCCGGUAAAAAAAGUCGCAACGUCAAGGAGCACCUCUCCUAGCGCCAGUAUAGCUUCGGCUUCUUCCUCGUUGGCCACGGCCGUGGUCAGUGACGGCUCUGGGAUUUGCCCGAUCGCUAUUCCUACGACUCCGGUUCAGCCGGUAGCAGCGGCAGGUACUCUCCCAAAACCCGAACAAUGGCUGGGUAGUAUAACGGGAGCGGUGCCGGUGGUAUCAACGGCACCUCAGCCGAUCUCGUCCGUAUCGCAAGCUUCGACCAGUCCACGAAGAGCACCGCCGUUACACGCGAGGGCUCUCUCUCUCGGCUCGGCCGCGAUGAGCGGUCAAGCGAGUAGAGGAGGUCCUUCCGAUCCUUUCGACGCCGAAUGGGCGGAAAUAGCGGCAAGGAAUCUUCGGCAGUCGACGACGACGAAUCCCUUCGUCGUUCCUAACGCGACUCAGGCCUUCCAGGUGCAAUUGUAGCGCCAGGAGUUCGUGAACAGCGUCGCCAAGUACUUUCGCUCGAACACAUAGUGACGGCUGCACGUACGCUCGCGCCUCGAUCUCACCCACGAUCGUAGGUAUUAUACGUGAAGAUGAGAAGGAAGGGAGGGGGGAGAAGGAGAAGGAGAAGAAGAAGAGUCGAUUUCUUCCUCUCCCUUCGUCUAUUCUCCUCUUGACCGUAAAGACGAGCGAAACUCGAUUUGGAUCAUUGCUUGGUUUUUCUCGUCGCGAGACGACGAUCCCUGACACGUACCUCAUUGUUGUCGCUGCGGUGUUACGGAGAAAAAGAGACGACGAGCGUUUAGCAACGAAUUUGCAUACGAGAAAGGAAAGAGGAGGGCAAAUAGGAAGAAGAGAAUAUCCUAGAGAUUCUAUCGCUUAAUUAUUGUAGUUAGAAAACAAAGUAUGCGCACAGCCUCGAUAGAAGCACGCGUUAAUAUUAGGAGGACGUUGAUGACGAUACGACGACGAUGAUGCACGCUCAAAAAAAGUCAACAAGAAAGAACGAGGGGAGGAAUGUUGAAAGAGAAGACGAGACGUAAAUGCGCUUUCAAAGUAUAAUACGUCUGUCUGUCUGUCUGUCUGUCUGCUGUGUGUGUGUG